CCUGUGGCUGCGUCUGCAUGUGGAUCUCAGUGCGGAGGAAUAUGGAGGGUCUGAACGCUGUGUGGAGUUUGGGGAUUCUUCUGUCUCUCGGUUUUGGAGGGGUCUUGUGUCAAACCACCAAUUACACCAGGCCUACGUUUAACUGUGGCGGUGAUCUCUUUGGAGACUCUGGCUUUGUGGGCAGCGAAGGAUUCCCAUCGUUCUACAAACACGACAGCAAAUGUACCUGGUACAUCACAGUUCCAGAGGGCAAUGUAGUCAUGCUGACCUUCAGGAUUUUUGACCUGGAGGCUGAUCCUCUCUGCCGCUACGACUAUGUGGAUGUGUAUAACGGACACUCAAACAUGGUGCAGAAGCUCGGGCGUUUCUGUGGAACGUUCCGGCCUGGAUCUCUCAUUUCCACAUCCAACACCAUGAUGCUAGAGAUGGUAUCAGAUUCAGGAACGGGAGGAAGAGGGUUCCUGGCCUACUUCAGCGGAGGGAAGCCACAUGUGGAUGAGCAUCAGUUUUGCGGCGGGAAGCUCACAAAGUCCCAGGGCACGAUCAAAACCCCCAAUUGGCCAGAGAAAAAUUAUCCACCGGGCAUCAGCUGUUCUUGGCUUAUAACAGUGGAACCGGAAACGGUGAUUGAGGUGAAGUUUGAUAAGUUCGAUUUGGAGUCUGACACGUACUGUCGCUUCGACUAUGUGGCGUUUUUUAACGGAGGGGAGAAGGAUGAUUCAAGGCGCAUCGGAAAAUACUGCGGAGACACUGCGCCUCAGAACAUCAUCACUAACGGCAACGUGCUGUUAGUGCAGUUUGUAUCUGACACCAGCGUGACCUCGGAUGGAUUCAUGGCGUCAUACACUAGCGUCCCACGUGGUCUCAGUACUCCGACUGCAGAUGGCGACAUUGCGACAGGACCUAGGGUGUCAUCCACAGCCACAAAACCCCGUCUCACCCCAGUCGAACCGGUGAAACCCCUGGCAUUUACAACAGAAGCAACAACUACAACAACAACAACAACUACGACCCCUACAACUACUGAGGAGCCAAAGCAACGACCCAAACCCGUUAGACCCAUUAAACCUGUGAGACGUCCAGUCAGUAAACCAGAGCCAGAUGAAUCCAGACCAGCCACAGGGACAGAUCCAAUGUGUGCAAAGGCAUGCAAAAGAGACGGAACUAUCAAGACUAGUUUCUGUGCUAGCGAAUAUGUUAUCACCGGUAAGCUGACAGCAUUGACUCCCGGGCCCAGUGGAAGUAUGCAGGCCAAGGUGUCCUUAAUUAAGGCCUAUAAGACCGGCAGUCUUACAAUCACCCAAGCUGGAGAAACCAUGUCUGUCAAACUUACGAUGCCCUGCAGGAAAUGUCCAGUGCUGCGUAGAGGUCAAAACUAUAUACUGAUGGGUCAAGUGGAUGAGGAAGGCCGCGGUGUUCUCAAUCCUGGCAGUUUCACCGCCCUGUACAAAGCCCCACACCACAAGAUAUUGACCAACAUCAACAAGCAGCCAUGCUGAUCUGAUCGCUCAGAUCCAAGUUAGCACGAUCAACCUCCAGAGCACAGACACUAGAUGAAAGCAAUGGACAGUGAUUAGACAAUGGCCCAGAACUAGCCUGGAUAUUAAAAGGUAUUUUUGACAUUGUAAUAAAAUGCUCAGGAAGUAAAACACACAAUUUCUAAUUCGCUAUGGUGCAUUUCGAGCUGCAUUUUAUAGUUGUGAGGUAAAGAUAUUUUUCAUACGUCAACAUAUACACUGAGAUGUCACAAAAUGUAUUUGUAAUUUAUGAUGAUGUCUUCUAAUACAGGAUUUAUAUAACACAUUAUUGCAUUGAA